ACACACAUGUACAGCAGGGUGAACUGCAUUACUUUGCCUUGAGGCAGUGGUCUCUCACUUAAAUGAGCUGAGGGCUGCUGUUACAGCUGUGAUUUGACUGGGGAGCCCACACUGGUGUUCAAUGUUCAAUACAAAAGGAUAAAUACUGUGUAAUGCAACAGUGCAAAUGAGAUCAAUUAUUGUUUCUAGUUCUUAAAUACUAUUUUAAUGAAUGAACAGACUGUUGAAUUUUGUUUUUAUUUCCUACAGCGCAAAAUUAUAUCAUCUAUGACAUCUACUUGAGGACCAGAUGUGGACUGUUCACGGACCAGAAGUGGCCCCUCGACCAGAAGUUUGAGACAGAUGCUUAAAGGUGAACUCCUGAAGUGAAGCUGGGAGAAACGUCUCACUGACGUAUUCGUCCACCUCAGCGUCCCACUGGAGAUCCGGGUCAUGUGGCUGAGAUGGAAAACUAUAUUCUCUAUGAGCAGCUUGGGUCUGGAAGUAGGUCUGUUGUCUAUAAAGGAAGGCGAAAGGGGACUCUCAAAUAUGUGGCCAUUGUCUGCGCUGACAAAUCCAAGAGACCUGAGAUCGCAAACCAUGUUCGUCUUAGCCAAGAUCUGGAUCACCCCAACAUUGUACAAUUCUAUGAGUGGUAUGAGAGCAAUAAUCACCUCUGGUUGGUGGUGGAGCUCUGCACAGGUGGCUCACUAGAUACUGUGAUUGUUCAGGAUGGAUAUCUGCUAGAAGAUGUAGUCAGGAGUUUUGGAUGGAAUUUGGUCAAAGGUCUGAAAUACAUUCAUGAAAUGGGGAUCAUAUUAUCUGACCUGACCCCCACAAAGAUUGUGCUGGAUGGUAGUUGCAUGCUGAAAUUCAGUAACUUUUGUCUGUCUAAGUUGGAAGAUGAGACAAUGAAGGAUUUCUAUACCUUGUUCUCCUCACCAAACGAGGGAGAUGAAAAGGCAGACUGUGACAAUGUGAGAACGAGGCUACAAGGUUCUCCAGUGUACACUGCACCAGAGGUUCUGAAAGGAUCAGAAACCAGCAUGAGCUCAGAUCUGUGGGCUCUGGGGUGUAUACUGUACUACAUGUACACUGGCAAACCUCCAUUUUACUCUACGAGCCAUUCUGAGCUGAAAGAAAUGAUUUUAUAUCAGGAACCACCACCUCCCAGACAAAAAGGCAGUUUACCCUGUGAAGACUUCCAAAACCUUCUAAAAGCCUUACUCAUUAAAAGCCCAGAGAAGAGGAUAUACUGGCCAGAGUUGCUGGAUCAUCCUUUUUGGGCACCAUUAGUGAUGGAGGAAGAUAAAGUCGAGCAGCUGAGGGAUUACAGCCAUUAUGGAGUUUUACCAGUCACCUUGCUACACACAGCUACUCCUGAUUAUUUACCUACAGCAUCGGCAGAUGAGAGUCCCAAAACCCAAUCACCUAUCACCCUGCCAGCUAAUACGACUGACCUGAGAGCAGUCUCAUCACUAACGCCUGCAGCAACAGACAGAGGAACAGACAGCCAACCACCUGUAGGACACAGUAGAGGUGGAGCCUUGGGGAAUAGCCCGAGUUUGGAAAAGGAAAGAAUAGAGAAGAGGCCAACGGAGGCAGUAAAUGACUCCAAGCUAACUAGAGUGAAGAAAUCCUGUCACACAAUGAUGCUCAAUAAAUCAUUCACACUAGAUAACAUAUCGGAGCUCCAACCAAAGAGUGGAGUAGAUGAAGACCACACUGAGGAAAUGUUUGUCCUCAGGAGGAGUUGCAUUUCCAAAAACUUCCCAUACCAAGGACCAACGUCUCAGGUCAACACGGCCGUAGCCCACAAGGUGAGUGCUGGCCCUGAGAUCACAUCUUGUAUUAAAAGACUUCUCCAUACUGAUGCCGACCUGACUGUCACUCCAAUCAUGGACAAUCCCAAGGUUCUUAAGAGUUGUCCAGUGCGAUUUGAUCCUAAAACACUGUGUGUUCCAGUAUAUUCAGCUGAGAAGCUUCACUCUUUAAGUGAUAAAAAAUGGACUCUCUUCCUGUCAAAAAUGUGUUCUUCUCUUGAAGAACAAAAUGGCUCGACAUUUGUGGCCUCCUCCACAGCUUCUGUUACCCCUGUGUCAGCUGCUCGCUCCAAGUUGAACUUGUUGUGUUAUCUCUGCUCUGUGGCCGGGCAUGAACAUGUUGCCAACAAACUGAUAAACUCAGAACUGCUUCCAAGUUUACUCACAGUGUUACAACAGGCUCCUAACUGGGAUAUACGCAGCAAGUGUCUCAGAGUGAUGGGUCUCCUGGCUCUGCACUGUACUGAACUGGAAGAGGAGAGUCCUGUUUCUGAGGCUGUGACAUCAAUGACGGACCUGUUGAGGGAAAAUCAGAGGAAUAAUAAAGUGAAGCAUUUUCUACUGCCACCACUAGGGGAGUUUCUCUACCUCAUCACGUCUCAGGAAGAGAAGAGAGGCUCCCCAGAGGGACUGUGGUUUGUUCCCGCUGCCGCCUACACUGGCUUAAUGAGGAGCCUGCGGGAAGGGGAUGAUCCCGUUGUUCAUCACAUUGCUGCUAAAGCCGUGGAGAACAUCUCCACCAGAGUUGCUGGACCGCCCCACCCACUGUUGACGCCAGAGAUAGGCUCCGCCCUGUGGUUCCUGUUCACUCACUCUCCUGUGGAUGCUGUCAGAGUCACUGCCAUCUCCUCUUUGUCCAGGGUGACCCGAGUUGACCCUUCAGUCUUCUUGGCAGUGAUUGAUGCUUGUGGUCCUGCAGCCGUUUUGGAGAGUUUGGCCGGAGCUGGGUCCAGAGUCCAGCAGCACCUGCUCACUGCUUUGGCCACUGCCUUAGUGACAUCACAGAUUCAAACUCACCGCAUCACUCAGAGCAGGGAUUUGGUGUUGACGGUGUUGCGAUGUCUGGAGAGUGCAUCCAACGUGACGAGAGCCAAAACGGUGCUACUGUUGCUACUGUUAAUACAGGACAACCCACAGAUACUGCUCUACUGCUGUCAGCACAGGCUUGUCAUGUACCUGGAGAGAGACCUGAACAGAGCCUCACCUCUCAAAGCAAACCCCGGCCAAUCAGGUCACCUGUCUCAGUGUCUGGACCUACUGAUUGGACACCUGUGCAGCACCGCACCACUGAUACUGGCCGAUGUCCUCGCUGCCCUGAGGGAUGUGAUCGGGAGGAGACACCCGUCAACAUCCCAGAGCAGACAGCUUAGGGUUACACUGCCCACACUGUCUGUGGUGCUGGAACUGGUCUCAUCACAGAUAUUUCGAUGGAACAUUGUGAACGAGACAUUCCUGGCUCAGCUUGGACUGCUGCUUAACUCUGUCUGCUCAAUGGAAUCCAAUGAAACAAACCUGGCCAGUGCUCUGGGUGCAGGAGUUUCUGAAGACUUUAUCAGGACAUGUCUGUCCACCAUUAAAGCUCUGAGUCAGCACCAUGCCCUCAUCGCUCCACAUCAUUGUACUGUUGUGGAUACAAUUCUUCCUCCUCUGACCAGACUGGCUUUCAGCAAAAAUGUUGAAAGGUCAAGCUUUGUUUUGAGGGUGCUUUCUGAACUCAGUCUCGUCCUGCUCGUCAACGAUGAUAUUCUUGAAGAAGAGAACAAGAAAGAGGAAAAAGAAGCAGGAGGAGCUCGUGGUGAAAGGAGAAUGAGAGAAAGUGAUGACGGAGAAAAGUUUUCCAGUCCAGUUUUAGCCCUGUUUACAGAGUCUCUGCUUCCAAGGUACGAGUCUCUGCUUGAAGCAGCGGAGCCUGUUCCACUCUACGCUCUCAAACUGCUCGUAUCAAUGACUGAAUACAGCAAGUUGAUGUGCAGGUUGAUCAAAAGCAGCAGGAUCCUGCCAACGGUUUUUCAGCUCAUUACGGCUAACAGCAGUAAAGAAACUGGCAGCGUCGUGGUCCAGAAUGCGGUUGCUUUGCUGUGUAACCUCACAGAAGACACAACCUCAGACCUGAAGCCGCUCCAUCACGCAGGCCUUAUGGAGGUGGUCGUGAAGACCCUGUCUGAGGCUGUGGUGACCCACCAGAGUGGAGACGGUCACGUGAGGAAGACCGACCAGCUCGUCUUACCAGCUGUUCUGGAACUGCUUCACAACGUUCUAAAGCGAACAUCUGUUAUCGUCCGCUCUGCACUGAAGAGCCAGAGGCUAUCUUGUCCAGCAGAGGAGAUGGAGGCAGCAGAGAAAGUGCUCCUAGCCAACAGACCCCUGAGCCAACUCAGCACACACCUCAUUCACAUGCUCCUCACUGAUGACCAGGAGGUGUGGGAGGAGUCUCUCCAGUGUCUGUCCCUGCUGGUCCAGCUGUACGGGGGUCAAGGUCACGGUCCACUGUCGCCUUCCUGCCUGAAAAGUUUCUCACACGCGCUGCGGACGACCACGCGCACGCGGUCCACCCGCGCACAGCGCACGACCCUGAGGAUCAUCGGACGAUUGGUACAAACUGCAGACGCAGGUGAUUGGCUGAAAUGUCCUGAAGGGGUGGAGUUGACCAGUCAGCUGCAGGAUAUUUCCCUCAGCAACAGGUUUAAUGCAGAUGUUAUUCAACUGGCUACUGAAAUCGUCAUGGAGAUUUCUAGACUGUAGAUUCCGUGACUCUUCAAACCAGAUGACAUCAGUCUACCCUGUGUAAAUAGUUACCACCACAAGUCAAGUAAACUUUCUUUAAUAUUCUGAAUCUCAUUUUGUAUUACAUUGACAUUCAUAUCAGCAGCUUCUAAAUUCACUAUGGAGUUAAUGUUUGUUCUUGUAUUACCUGCCUUUUGACAUUUAUAUAAAAUCAGUGUCAGUGUUAAAAGCUGACCUGAAUAUCAAUGGUUUAACACUGUAUGAUGUUGAUCCUGAAGUUCUGACCAUCCAUUCAUCUCAUCUCUAUAACCAAUAGAAUAAAUAACAGUGUUGAACGAUAGCCUGUCACUGCCAU